GAGAGAGAGAGAGAGAGAGCGGCAAGGUAGAGAAGCUAUGGCUACAAGCAUGGAUAGGUAUUGGCAUUGCCUUUCUCUGUGCCUACUUGUCCUGGUAAUGACUAGUGCAUAUGCAUCAAAUGAUGACCAAGAAUUGAAGAGUAAGCGACUUUGCAGCCAGUGCUUGAAAUGUGAGUCAAGUAAAUGCCCUCCAAGCGAAGCCUACCCCCAUCUGACUGCAUUUGAUGACACUCUUAUUGCUGGUGCUUUACAGUCUGACUUUGUGGAUUUGAAUGACAGAGGAGUUUACUCAGUGCCAGAUAUCAAAGGUGGCCAAUCGCCAAAUCUAAAUGCUUAUUAUGGCUGGAAAUCUACUUCUGGUUCUGCUUCCGGUUUUCACAGGUUUAGCAACUAUAUGGACAAAUGUUCAGGUGGACAAACUUACCUCACGGUGGACAAGCACGGCACUGUUAGCCUUCGUUUAUUGAGCUCCCUGGAAAGCUUAGCAGAGGCUGACUGGAAAUCAAUUAAUGCACCCAAGAAACUAAAUCAUCGCCAAUUCCGCUUCUGGGUCUCUCACAGUACAAGAAAAUGCCUCACUGUAUUUGGAGGAAAAACAAACGAAGAGUGGGUGUGUCCGAAUGCAAGUUUAAUGGCGCAAACCCGUACCAACUGUUUGCCUUCCGCUUUCAUUACCACAAAGCCUUCUGUUGUUGCGGUGUUCACAACGAGUGAUGAAUUUUGUUUUAAAAGAGCCUGAAGUCAAAGUUGGCACAAUUCAAAAUAAGAAGGUACACAUAAGUGUGUGUGUCCAUGUGAUUGCUACUCAUAGCAAAAUAUAUAACAUUUCCAUUACAAGGCA